AUGUUCGAGCAUGUAGUGUCUGCACAGGCAGAGUUGGACGGGAAGAAGCCUGCUGCUCCUCGGCAAGUACCCAAAAGGAGCCGUCGUGGUGGAAAAUUCAACAGCUCCCUGACGGAGUCGGCGACGGCGGCGUUCGAGAAGCAGGAAGCGAAGCCGUCGCAGAAGCACCGCAACGCUGCUCCAAAGGCGGACGAUCUCACGUCGCGACUCAUCCGUGACCUCAGCACAGCUCCUUAUCCUGACUGUCUUAUCUGCUUCGCUGCUAUUCAUCCUGCUCAACCGACAUGGUCCUGCUCGCCUUCAAUUCCGAUCUCUGCCGCGACAGACGACGAGGGCGAUGGCUCACGACCGAGAGCUAACACGGCACAGUGCUGCUGGACGACUUUUCACCUGAAGUGCAUUCGGGCGUGGGCAUCGAAGAGCGUGAAAGAUAUUACGGCGGCAUGGCGUGCGCGUGGCGUGGAGAAGAAGGGAGAGUGGAGGUGUCCAGGAUGUCAAGCGAAGAGGGAAAUUGUGCCAAGCGGGUAUUGGUGUUUUUGUGGAUCUACCCUCGAGCCCAAGCUUUCUCGUCUUGCGACCCCACACUCGUGUGGGAACCUAUGCUCUCGUCCCCGUGCUUGUGGGCAUCCCUGUCCUCUUGCAUGCCACCCGGGUCCAUGUCCGCCCUGCCAGGUGACGUUACAGCUUCCAUGCCACUGCGGAAAGCAGAUGCUCUCAUUCCGGUGCUCACAUCUCGCGCCGGAAAAGACAAGCGACAAGACAGCCGCGGAACUGUCCUGCGGGCAAAAGUGUGGGCAUAAAUUAAGCUGUGGGAAUCAUGACUGCGAGGAGAUAUGCCAUCCCGGACCUUGUCCGCCGUGCAAGGUUCGGCAUAAGGCGCGAUGUUACUGCGGGAAGGAGGAACGGGAGCUGGGGUGUGGUGAGGGCGAGGAGAAAGAGUGCGCUGUAAUGGAAGAAGGUCAGGAGAAGAGGUGGACUGGGCAGUUCGAAUGCGGAGAAAUAUGCGGGCGACCGUUCGACUGUGGCAUCCACACUUGUUCCAAGCCCUGUCAUCCGCCGUCGCUCACGCCUGAGCCUUGCCCCCGCUCCCCGUCGCUCGUCACACAUUGUCCGUGCGGCAAGCACGUGCUCAAGCCGUCUUCUUCACCAUUCUUCCCUCCUGGUACAUUGCUUAUGCGGACAUCAUGCACGGAUCCUAUUCCGACGUGCGAGUCGAACUGCAUGAAGCCGCUCGAGGGAUGCAGUCACGCAUGCUCAGCUCGCUGCCACACCGGCCCAUGUCCGCCGUGCCGCAUCAUGGUUGUGCGUCCCUGCCGGUGCGGUGCGACGACGCGGGACGUGCCGUGCUUCGAGGACCAGGCGCGUGGACGCGAUGACCCUGGCGUGGAAGAAAUCUUUUGUGAUCGGCCUUGCACCGCGCUGCGGGCCUGCGGGAAACAUCGGUGCAAUCGCUUGUGCUGUCCGCUGGCGAGCCUUGCGAGCGCAGCGAAGGGUAAGGGGAAAAAGAAGGCGGAAAUGGAGAGCGCGAUAGUGGACGAGGCAGGGUGGCACGAGUGCGACCUGGUUUGUGGGAAGUUGCUAUCUUGCGGAAACCAUCAUUGUGAGCAGCGCGACCACAGAGGCGCAUGCCCGCUGUGCCUGAGGAGUUCUUUUGAUGAGAUGAUUUGCAAUUGUGGGCGCACGAUUCUUGAACCACCAAUUCCGUGUGGAACCCGCAUAAGCUGUCAUUAUCCGUGUGCGCGUCCCCCGCCGCCCUGUGGUCAUCCGAAGGCCCAGCAUCUAUGUCACGAAGAUCCGAUUCCAUGCCCGCCGUGUGUUUUCUUGACAAGCAAGCGAUGUGCAUGUGGAAAAAAGAUGGUCGACAACGUAAAGUGCUCGCAGGAGAAGGUUUCAUGUGGAACGCCGUGCGGAAAGUUGCUCGCGUGCGGGUUCCAUCGUUGCGAGCGCUUGUGUCACAGCGACGCUUGUGGUCCCUGUACAGCGGUCUGUGGCAAGCCACGUAAACUUUGCCUUCCCGCUCAUCACCCUUGUCCCUUACCGUGUCACGCACCUGCGGCCUGUUCCGAGGCAGAGCCCUGCCGCUCUAUCGUGACUCUCACCUGUCCUUGCGGGCGCAUCCGCCAACAAGUCCCUUGCGGACGCUGCACUACCAACCCUACGGGUCGCGAACACUCGCAACAGCUCAAGUGCUCGAACGAAUGUCUGGUCGCCAAGCGUAAUGCUCGUCUCGCGGAAGCUCUAGGCAUAAAUCCAGACCGUGGUACGAUGCAUCCAGUCACGUACAGUGACGAGUUGUUAGCGUUUGCGAAGGCCAAUGCGAAAUUUUGUACCAUGGUUGAGAAGAGCCUAGCCGACUUCCUCUCGUCCGACAAGAAGAGUCAGAUCUUAGCACCGAUGCCGGAAGUAAGGCGGAAGUUCGUUCAUGAUCUCGCUGCUGUAUACCGCAUCGACACGCAGAUGGUGGAUCAAGAGCCAAACCGCAGCGUUCAGCUUUUUAGGCGGAUUGAUUCGCGGCUACCCGCUCCCCUCCUCUCGGCCGCCGCCACGGUACCACAAUCGUCAUCCAGCUCACCUGCUUUCAAUCUCGGCAAAUUAGCAGAUCUACGCAGCCCCACCGUGCAUCAGUUGCCUCGAGCCGCUGCGCCUCCGGCGCGUUCCAUAAUUCCUCCGCCCACGUCGGGGCUUGGAGGCUGGAGCGCUGCUGUUGCGCGUCCGCCGAAUUCGGCUUCUUCCAGCGUGUGGGCUUCCAGGCCUGUGGGGUCACCGCCUGCAACUCGUCCGUCGUCGGCAGUUUCACUCCCUCAUCCCCCACAUCAAGCGGUUACUAUCGCCGCCCAUGCGGAUGAACAUGUCCCAGAUAGUUGGGAGGAUGAUGCAUGA